AUGACAAGAAGAAAAUCAACUGGUACUUUGAAUACUCAUCAACCAUCCACAAUUCUUCGAACUUCAAGUGAUAUUGUAUGCCAACAAGAUAAUUUAGAACUGAUCGAUGGUGAUGGACAAAUUACCGCGAAAUAUAAACUUGGUAAUGUCAUUGGAAAAGGACAGUUUGGCAUAGUCUAUCGUGCACUGGAACUUCGAACAGGAAAAAUGGUCGCUGUGAAACGAAUCAAAUUGAACUCCUCAAAGAAACGUGAUAUUUUGGAUGCAAUGCAAGAAGCACAAUUGUUACAACAGCUUACACAUCCCAAUAUUGUCAAAUAUGAAGGUUUCAUCCAUGCAGAAGGUCACGUCAACAUCAUAUUGGAAUACGUAGAAAACGGAUCUCUUUUGAAUACAUUGAAAUCUUUUGGUAGUUUUCCUGAAAAUCUAGUGGCAAGUUAUUGUACUCGUAUAUUACAUGGUCUUCAAUAUUUACAUGAUCAAAAUGUUGUACAUUGUGAUUUGAAAGCAGCAAAUCUCUUGACUACGAAGAGUGGACAUGUCAAAUUAUCUGAUUUUGGCGUAUCUUUGAAUCUUCGGCUAAAGGAUAAUGAAGUAGAUGCUGUGGCCGGAACCCCCAAUUGGAUGGCUCCUGAAGUGAUUGAAUUGAAAGGUGCAUCAACCAAAUCGGAUAUAUGGUCUUUGGGAUGUACUAUUGUUGAAUUAUGUACAGGAAAACCACCUUACUCAGACUUAUUACCCAUGACAGCACUUUUUCGUAUCGUAGAAGAUGAAUACCCUCCUUUACCUAGUGGAUUGUCUGAUGUAAUGAAUGACUGA